UUAAUGGUUUUAAAAAAAAUGUUAGCCGAAUAUUUCUUGAUCACCGGUUAAAAAUUACACAAGAUGGUGCUGCUCUGCCUCUGAGAUGGUUGUGGUGAAUGUGCGAGCGCGAGACGAGAUUCACGGCGGGAACAGGCUUGGAUGCAGUAACAUUUCCCAAGACCUGAAAACAUUGUAAUGGCAGCACAAAUAUCAGAAACAGACCAGAUAAAACAGUUUAAAGAAUUCCUGGGUACAUACAACAAACUUACAGAGCACUGUUUUAUGGACUGUGUAAAGGAUUUUACAACCAGGGAUGUGAAAACAGAAGAGGUAACUUGUUCAGAACACUGCCUUCAAAAAUAUUUGAAGAUGACCCAAAGAAUAUCGAUGCGCUUUCAAGAAUAUCAUAUUCAACAAAAUGAAGCAUUAGCAGCAAAAGCUGGACUGAUUAGCCAUCCUCGUGUAUAACAAAGGACCAUUUGGGAGCAGGACAACGACCCAAAGCCCACUGCCAGAACAACAAUGUAGUGGCUCCAAAAUAAGAAAAUUGAUGUCUUUGAGUGGCCCAGUCACAGUCCUGGCCUUAAUCUAAUCAAACAUCUCUGGCAAAACGUCAAGAUUGCUGUCCACAACUGCUCUCCAACUACCCUGGCACAGCUUGAGCAAUUUUGCAAGAAGGAAUGGACAAAUCUUGCUCCAUUACAUUGUACAAGACUUAUCAAAAAACUACUGACUGUAAUAGCUGCAAGAGGUGGUUCAAAGAAGGACCAAAGAAUGAGGGAUGAGUAAUUUUGAACUGCUGACAUUUAGGGGUUUUUUUUACAAAUGAAGUGUUUUGCAUGUUUUACAAUUUUCCCUGUUUUUCUGGGAGUUCUACUGUGGAAAAAAAAUGAGCAUGUGAUUCACAAAUAAAAAUUCUCAGUUAAAUUGACCAAAAUCCCUGGGUGUACUACACAUUUAUGUGAACAAAGCAAUGCGGGCUGAAUACAUUUCCGAGGCACUGUACAUUCUAACUCACAGGAAUACAAAUUACAUGAAGCUCAAAAAUUGUUCACCAUUAUAAAUGGUCACAAUUACACAAAGGUCAUUUACAGCUUCAUUACUUUUUAUGCAUAUCUGAGUUGACUAAAAAAUGUUCAAAUCUUUAACCAUGUGGUAAAUUUAAAUAAUCUGUUUUAUUUUAAACUCAUUCCAAUGCUUUGGCCAAAAAAUAAUUGUAACAGAUCCAGCAACGUCAUUUAAAUUUGAAUACUCAAGUAUUUUUAUUGUUUGGCAAUAAUUGGAAAAAAAAAUACUCUGCCUUAGCAGUGAAUCAGAUGAGUUUUAAAACUGAGCAGAUACUUAGCGAGAAGCAAAAUGCUUUAUUGUGGUACAUUAACUAAAUACUUGUCCUUACACAGUUGUUAUUAUGGCAGAUACAGACUGUAAAGUUUUACUUCAAUUUAUCAGAGCUGAAAGUGCAUAUAUUAAACCAGUAUUCAAUUAGCAACCAUAAUUAAACCUUAAACGUCAAAUACCAAAUACUUCCAGUAUCUCUUUAGAUUUUGCCACCUUUCAGAACCCCGAAUUUGUGAUUACUAAUUUAUUUUGUUCUGAUAUGUAAUUUAGUUCCAAAAUAUUAAGCUGCAACUUUAAUCACAAAGAACUUUGCAUAACUAUGUUAAAGUUGCACUAGAAUAUAUAUAUUUAAAAUUAGAAGUAACUCAUGUUUCCAUUACAAGAAACAAAACAGAUAAAUUCAUAAAACCUAUAUCCUAUCAACUGAAAUUCUAUUUCUAGUUUUAGUUCCCUUGUGGUCAAUUAAAGAAUUACUUCAAAAUAACAGAAGCUACAAACUGCUUAAAUAAAUUGUGUACUAUUCAACAAAAUUUCACUACAGCUGGUUUAUUUUAGCAUAUAAAAUAUUUCGAAGUACUUAUAAAAAUGGGCUUAAAAAGUUUCUACUGAGCUGCCCAAUUAGUUUACUUUUUUGUUUGCUAAUGUCACCUGCAAAUUCAGUGUUGUAUUGUUCUGUCAGCCAGUAUUGCAUACUUAUUCAUAACUGCCAAGCAACUAUGAGCAGCAGGUUGGGACCAAGAAAAUGAACAUUGGAAAAAUAGGCAAGCUACCAUUGUUGUCUGAAUAAACAGAUUAAAAGGAAUUGUUGUAAUUAAAAUUCUCUGCUCAUUGUAUUGAACUAGACCUCCAAGUAACCAGCUUUUGACAAGAGGAAUUUGCCACCUCAAGUAAUCACAAAUGAGUUUUUAAACCCCCUUCCAUUCUCAGUUGUCUCCUAUCCCACUUGAACGACUCUACCAAUGCUCAUUAAAAUGUUUUAAUCAACACAUAUACAGGUUCAUGUACAAAAGAGAUUGGCUCUAAGCUCCGUUAAUUUUUUUUAUCAUAUAAAUUUAUAUACUUG